AUGGACACCUCGAGCUCCUUCGCCACGGACCAGGAUGCUCGCAUCGCGCGCCUCGAGGCGCGUCUCGCCCAGCUAGAGGCUAUCCAGGGUGCGCCGCGCGUAUCGAGGUGCAAGCGGCUUGCGACGCUGCUCCUGCCUUGGGCGGCGCUGCCGCGGUCGGAGCAGCCGCGGAGGGUACAGAUAUCUGAGGCUCGGCGCGUCACGACGAAGAGCGCGCGCGAUGCCUCCGUCCGCAUGGAACCGCCCAAGCUCAGCGAGCGGAUCACCUCGUUCCUCGACAUUGAAAAGCCGUCUGGCCCGGAGGGCUCCGCGUCCAUCUUUUCUUCGGCCGUCAACCUCGCAAACACUGUGCUCGGCACCGGCAUCCUCGCGCUGCCGCGCUCGCUCUCCUUUGCUGGCUUCGUGCCGGGCUUUGCGCUGAUCGUGGGCAGCGCGCUCGUCAACACCCUCACCAACGUCUACAUCUCCGACGCCGCCAUCUCAUGCGGCUGGCCAGCCUCCUUCCGAAAGCUGUCGGACAAGGUCGGCGACACCUUCGACGCCUGCCCCACCGACGGGUCUGCAAACGAACAGUCGUGCCCCCCGGGCGAGGCAAGCUACUUCACGACCAUGAGCGGCGUCCUCGACGCGCUCCCCGCCCUCGCGAUGGCGUAUGCGUGCCAGAUCUCCACCCCCACGCUGUGGAACGAGAUGUACCAGCCGACGCGCGGCCGGAUGCUGCUCCUCUACCUGUACGCCCUCGGCGGCUCGCGCGUCCUCUCCAACAUCCUCUCCUCGUACCCCGCCUCGCCCAUCAUCAACGCGGCGCGGAUCGGCCUCUCCUUCGUCACCAUCUUCUCCUUCCCGAUCCAAGCCAUGGCACUCCGCCAGUCGAUCGCCUCCAUCGUCGACGAGGCGCGCAAGACGUGCUGCGGCGGCGCGGAGGCGGGCAAGGCCACCGGCCCGCACCCGGCUUCGAUCGAGGCCGCGGUCACGCUGGGUCGGCUCGACAGCUUGGAUAAGUUUGAGAUCACGCCGGGCGUCCUCCCCGCCCGCAUGUCGAGCCAGGGCGCCAUCGGCCUCUCCAAGAGCGGCGAGGCGAUGAAUGGCGAGGCCACCGGCUUCUUCCCCGGGCUGCCGCCGCCCAUGCCGAUGCCCCUCCCGCCGAACGGCGUGCCCGUGUCGCCGUCGCUGUCGGGCGUGGCAGGCCCUCCGAUGCCAAAGGUGGUGGAGAGCGUCGAGCUGGUCGUGGCGCCGCUGCCGCCCGCCUCGGACGCGGUCUUCGAGCUCUCGCCGUCGCUCGUCCUCCCCACGGUCGCCUUCAUCGCCGUCGCGACGCUCCUAUCGGCGAUGGGCGUCGACAUUGGGCUGGUGUGUGCCUCGCGCCUUGCGGGGCCCGGCGCUGUCGAGCCGUGUCGCGUCUGA